UCUGGAAUGUGGUGACGUCACCGAGGGGUCCAUUAAAAAAAGUUUUUUGGGAGUUGGAAGAAAAAAAAAAACUUUUCCGGGGAGUUUAGGAGCCGGCGGGAUCCGGCGCCUCCGGGACCUUCCCCCUGUCCCCCACCGGGCUAGGGAACCCCCCACCCCACGAGUGGGGCAGUACAGGAGGGGCUGGGACCCCCCCCCCCCGCAACUGGGAUUCCCGCAUCGGAGCCAGGUCCCAGAGAUGUCCGGUCCCACCUGGCUUCCCCCAAAGCAGCUGAGCUCCUCGGGGUCUCCCGGCGUCUCGGUCUCGGCUCUGGCACUCGGCAAACCCCAGAAGAAAUACGCCCCUGUUCCUGCGCCCCCCAGGCCGGCCCCCCAGGAGCAGAACGGGGGGGGCAUGAGCGGGACAGGCUACCAGCCAGCGGGCCCUGGCAGCCUCACCUCCCGUCCCCUGCCUUCCAGCUUCGGCCCCCCGGCUGACUUGGAGCAUCAUUACCCAUCAGCCCCGGGGGCCAAGGAUGAACUGGGGGUGCCCUGGGGUGGCCCCCCCUCUGCUGGAUGCGGGUACCACAUGCAGGGGUCUGCCCUAGACCCAGGGCCCCACCGCCCCUCCAGCAUCGACGCCCAAAUUGACUCGCUCACCAGUAUGUUGGCUGAUAUGGAGAAUGCCGGCCCCCAACGCCGGGGGGAGAGGCAGAACUUCGACUCCGUCCCGUACCCGUCGGCCUCUGGCCCCCCGCAGCCCACCCCCCCCAAAAUGCCCGGCCCCUACAAGCCGGGCUCCUUCGCCCCCAAGAACUCACCCUAUGGUCCAUCGCCCCAACCCGCCACCUCAACGGCUUCCUCUGGGCCGUCUCCCCAAUAUGGGGCAGGCUACCCACGGGCACCGCCCGGGCAUAAGCCCUACCCGCAGCCCAUGCCCGCGUCCUACACCACGUCGGCCGGGCCGGCCUUCAACGUCCAGGUCAAAGUCGCCCAGCCAGUGCUGGGUUACGGUCAACCGAGGCACCGGGCCGAACAGGCCUACGCACCCCCCUCGCCCCGAGUGGGCCGCGGGGCCCAGUACGCCUUGGAGCCGGGCGCCAGGGGGGAGGAGGGCUGGUAUCUGGAGCCGGGGGGUUACGGCAAGAGGCCGGGCAAGGGGGAGUGCUAUGGGGCCGGGGGGCUGGCCAAACCGGGGGAGGCGGCUGGGGGUCCGUACCAGGCUGCCGCCAGGACCCCAGGCAAGGAAGAGACGGCGGUGAUGGGGAAGGCGCCCCCUGGUGGUGGAGGAGGAUACCAGCACCAGGCCCCCCCGAGCCGCCCGGAGGAGGAGCUGGACAGACUGACCAGGAAGCUGGUGCAUGACAUGAACCACCCGCCGGCUGGGGAGUACUUCGGGCGCUGCGCCCGCUGUGGGGAGAACGUGGUGGGGGACGGGACGGGCUGCGUGGCCAUGGACCAGGUCUUCCACGUGCCCUGCUUCACCUGCACCACCUGCCACGCCCGGCUGCGGGGCCAACCCUUCUACGCCAUGGAGCGCCGGGCCUACUGCGAGGCCUGCUACGUCGUGACGCUGGAGAAGUGCUCGAUGUGCUCCAAGCCCAUCCUGGACCGGAUCCUGCGGGCCAUGGGCAAGGCCUACCACCCCCAGUGCUUCACCUGCGUGGUCUGCCAUCACUGCCUGGACGGGGUCCCCUUCACCGUGGACGCCACCAGCCAGGUCCACUGCAUCGAGGACUUCCACCGGAAGUUCGCCCCCCGCUGCUCCGUGUGUGGCAACGCCAUCAUGCCCGAGCCCGGGCAGGAGGAGACGGUCAGGAUCGUGGCCCUGGAUCGGAGCUUCCACAUUGGGUGCUACAAGUGUGAGGAGUGUGGGCUGCUGCUGUCGUCGGAGGGCGAGGGCCGGGGCUGCUACCCCCUGGACGGGCACAUCCUGUGCAAAUCGUGCAGCGCCCGGCGCAUCCAGGAGCUCUCCUCGAAGAUCACCACCGACUGCUGAGGGCUCAGGGUGCCCAGCCCCCCGCUCACCCCCUGGUCUCUGCCCUGGGGGAGGGGCUCUGUCUGCCCCCACUGCCUGCAUCUGCUUUAGUAUCUGUCGACUUGGGGUCCCCCUCAACCCCGUUCCUCCUAUCCCCUAUGGGGCAAAGGUCCUGCCUUGUGCCCCCCAGAUUCCUGCCCCUGGCUAUGUCGGCAUCUAUUAAUAUUGGGGGUUCCCCUGCACCAUGCUUCUCCCACCAUUUUGGGGGGGCAGAACCCCCCACUUCUUGCUGCCCCCCAGCUCCAUUGUCUUCUAUUAAUCCCUCUCUGCCCCCAUUUCUCCCUUCACUUUGGGGGACGUUUGCACCCCCAGAGUCCCUGCUCUGCCAAUCGCUAUUAAUUCAGGGUCCCCUCUGCCCCUUGCCUCCCCCCCCAAUUCCUGAGCACCCUAAAACCAACCAGGCCCCACGGUCAAGAUGCGGGGGUGGCAGCAGAAGGGGGGGUGGAAUUAGCCCAGCUCUAAUAUUGGGGUGAGGGGGGACCCCCCUCCCCAGUUGGUAUACACCGGAGGGCAGGGCUUUGUGGCAGGACAGGAAGUGAACCUGUCUCUUCCCCCCCCCCCCCCCCAGCAUGUCUCCCCAAUAUUUCUCACGGGGGGCAGUGGUUAUAUUUCUCCCCACUCCAGGGGUUCAUAGCCCAGCUUGGGGGGAGGGGGGUGCUCAGGAUUUGGGAUUUCUCCCCUCAAUUUCUAGGUCAGUUUGUUUUUUGGAGGGGGGGGGGGACGGGGACUGGCUGCCUCUCCUCCCAAGGAGCCCUGACUCCCCGCCCAUUUUGGGGUGGUGGGGGGCCAUCGGACCCUGAGCUGGUCUCAGGGGGCAGAUGAUAUCCCAUUAACAAUCCCCUAGCAGUGCGUGUCAGGAUGCCUGGGUUCCAUCCCCAGCUCCUGGGAGGGCAGUGGGAGCGGGAGGAGCAGGACUCCUGGGUUCUAUCCCUGGCUGGGGGAGGGGUUUCCUUCAUCACCAUUAACCGUUUCCAUUGCAUACUUCACCCUCCCUCCCCCUUUCUGGGGCGGGGGGCAGUUGGAUUAAAGAUUUGUUUUUUUUCA